GCUCCAGCCAGCCUCGUCGAUCCAGCAUCGAUCGAACCACCGCCGCGCCGCCGCCGCCGCCGACGACGGUACCGACGCCACGCCGGGUCGGUCAGCUGCGGCCGCCGCACCAAUGCCGACCAUGGCGGCGGCGGCGGCGGUGCGGGCGCUGGCGGUGGUGACCUGCCUCCUCCCCGGCCUGGCCGGAGGGGUGAGCCGGUCCUCCGACUGUCAGGAAGACUUCCUCAUCCGCGACGGCACCAUCAUCCGAACGGUGGACUCGCGCCGGCGUGGAGCCACUUUCCUAAAUAACACGGAGGUAACGGAGACGUCACACUGCCUGGAGGCGUGCUGUGACCGAGCGCACUGCAACGCCGCCAUCUACGACCAAAAGACGGGUAGCUGCUUCCUGUUCGACUGCGGCCCGCCGGACGACUACCGGUGUCUGUUCACCUCUCACACACAGUUUGUGAGCGGCACUCUGCGCGGCAGCCGCGCUCAGUUCGAGCUCACUCAGUGGGGAUCGCAGAGCCAGCAUGCCGCCGAGCUGCACAACCUCAAGCACACCGAUAAAGCCAGCGCCAGAAGGGGGACGAACACCAGAAGACCCUGGAGCGACCACUCAAGGAGAUUAUUCAUGCACCGGCCACCUCGCCUAGUCCGGGCACUAAAGCGUCCACUCCGCGAUGCAAGCGGUUCGAGUUUGAGUGUCACACCGGCGAGUGUUUGGCCAUCUAUAACGCCUGUGACGGCAUCCCGCAGUGCCAGGACGGCAGUGACGAGGCCGCCGAACUCAACUGUCCCGACCCUUCAAAGACGGACAAUUUGGAGGUGACCGAACGCCCUCCAGCGGAGACCACCAGCAACAAAGACUCUGCUCGUCGACUCCAGGCGGCGCCACCGCCGAGGGUGCCCCCAGAGCCGGCCAGGCAGCCCACUGAUGACACAGAGUCGAGCUGGGACCGGCCUCGCUACAACCAGGGCUACUCGGAACCGCUACCACCGGGCGACAUCUUCAACCACCGCCAGCAGGGUCUGCUGACCGGUCUGAGCCACUUCCCGGCGGCAGCGGGCUCCAGUCGGCAGCAUCACAGCAUUCAGCCGCCACCACCGCCCCCGCCUGUCAGUUACCCGCAGUACGAGAAGCCUUCCUCGGUGUAUCAGCCACCGUCCGUAUUCUACGACGACCUCUACCAGAACUGGGCGGGUAGAUUGCCGCCCAGUGGCUAUCCGUAUGAUACUCUACCGCGCUACGAUCCGAUGGCGCUGCAGCCGCAGAGAUCACCGUACGACCAGUCGCUCCCACUGCCACCUGGCGGCCCGCAGAAUAAGCUCGGACAGGUGGCGCCACCGGCCGACUGGGCCGACCAGCAGCCUGGCAGGGAAAUGGCCAAUCCCGCCGUCCGGCCGGUGCCGGGACUACCUCCGUCCCGAGAGGACCGUCCUCUGACCGUGGACAGGCGGCCCACCCCGCAGCAGGCGCCCGACAAACAGAAACCGGCCGGACCGGCGCCGGCGGCCGGCGCGGCUGCCCAGAACGGUACCGGUCAGCAGCCGACAGAGCCGCCAGCAGCGGAGGCGACGACCGCUGAGGCGACGGUGGCUCCGUCUGCCAACGCGCCGCCUCCCUCCCCGGCCGUGGAGGAGGUGGAGUUUAGUCUGAGCGAGCUCCGAUCCCAGGCGGCGCUGCAAUCAUCCGAGUCGCAAGGAGCCGCCAUCGUGCUCACACUGGGAGUGCUUCUGAGCGCCAUUCUGGUGGUCCUGGCACUGUGUAGAACUCAGUGCGCUCGGCGGCGGGGCCGGCGGGGCGACAGACCGGGCCUGGCGCACGACGCAGAUUACCUGGUCAACGGCAUGUAUCUCUGAGAUGGAGAGAGGGAAAGAGGAAGCCUCUGAGGAGGGACAGCGCGCUCUUCUGAGGAGGAAAGAGAGACGACAGGUCAUGGGAGGGGGACAGCGAAUACCUCGCCUGCCUGUUAGAAGAGGGUGGUGGAUGGCAUGUGCCUCUGGGGAGAGCGAGCUACAGCUCUGAGAAGGAAAACGAUUGCUAGUGAUAGGGAAUAAACGCCCCCGAGGAGGGUAAGCCGGCCAGAGUCAACGCUAGGCUGGUUUUGUAUUUGUAUACAGAAGCAGAAAGCAAAGGCGUACUGAUGUGAUGAGAUACCAGCCUACGCUUCAGUCGGAAAGAGUAAACCUGUUGAGUGCAUCGACCCCACCGCUGGCUUCGGGCGAUGCUGGUCUAAACAGGGACGAAUAUACAUAAAGCGAAUGUCCCCACACAAGUUUGCCGGGAGGUUGCAGGGCAAACGUAAGGGGCGAAUGGCCCCGCGGUAUUAUUUUGUAUAUCAGGCAAUGUUAAUGUUGUCGUGCAAUUAACGAUUGUGAAUGCAGGGUAAUAAUGUAAACGGAAGUUGUGAAACCACGGCUCUUAAUUGCGGACGUUAUGAUUCGUUUGCCAUUGUGACAAUUUUGAGACACGCCUCUUUGUAAAAGGGUCAUAUACCAGCUUCAUGUGACAUGUAUUAUAUUGCACACCUAUCGCUUCGAGCUUUGAGCCAUGCAUCCUCAAUCCUCAUCUACUAACUAUCUAAAGUGGUUAGCCAAUUUGGAAAAGAACUUUGCUAAUUUGCUAGAUAGUCAAAUGUCCCUUUGUCCUUUGCAUUCCCUCAGUGACGUCGGACUAAUGCAAGUGUGCGCUUUCCUGAUACGUUAUACAUUCUCGCUAGAUAUGUGAAUACUAGCCGACCUAUUCUGGAUGUUGUGGUGUUUCUGUGGAUGUUGUGAACUGUGCUAUUGCCACAUGGUUUGUAAGGUGAUUCGUGCGUCAUUUCAAGCUGAUGGAAGCGCCCACGCUAAACAUGUCUAAAGUGUGAUUGUGUUUAACAGUUUGUGUAAUGAAUGGUGUUCUGAACGAUCGUAUCAGGGAAUAAAUGAAAGUUUUUCA